UAAGCCUCAUUCUCUUCUAAUGGGGAAAAAUGAGGAAGAAGCGCAUUACUGUAAUGGAACUCAUGUGAGUCUGUGCUGAGUGACAAGACAGAUCAGGAGAAGAAAGUGGACCAGACUGUGGGCUCCUGAGCUUUUAUAAUGGAGAAGAUCCAGGAAGGCCCUGAAAACGACCGCAAGGAGCAACGAGUGCCACAAAAACAGCAUUUAACAGGCUGUCUGCUGAGUGCGGCAUUUUUUGGAGCUCUGGGAUCCUCCUUCCUGUACGGCUACAAUCUAUCUGUGGUCAAUGCCCCUGCAAAGGAUAUAAAGGCAUUCUAUAACUUGACGUGGCUGAGUCGUUAUGGGGAACCUGCAGCAGCAGAGACCCUCACUCUGCUUUGGUCAGUUACAGUGUCCAUCUUUGCAAUAGGCGGCCUGGUGGGAGCACUCGUGGUUUCGUAUCUCAUUAAAGUGCUAGGCAGAAAGGGCACUCUUCUAGCAAACAAUAGCCUGGCAGUGAUUGCUGCACUCCUUCUGGCUCUGGGAGAGAAGGCUAGAUCAUUUGAAAUGCUCAUUAUUGGCCGCUUCAUCAUUGGCAUGGAUUCAGGAAUAUCGCUCAGUGCUUUGCCGAUGUAUCUGGGAGAGAUUUCUCCCCGGGAGUGGCGCGGCUCCAUCGGCCAGGUCAAUGCUGUCUUCAUCUGUCUCGGAGUCUUUACUGGACAGCUACUUGGCCUGCCUGAGAUAUUUGGACACGUGAGUAGGUGGAACUUCCUGUUUGUCUUCUUGGCAGUUCCCGCGCUUCUUCAGCUGUGUACUUUACCAUUUCUACCGGAGAGCCCACGUUUCCUGCUGAUGGAACGCCGAGAUGAGGCCCGUGCCGAAAAAGCAUUUAAGGUCUUCCUGGGUAAAACGGAUGUUUCCGCUGAGCUGGAGGAGGUGCAUGCGGAGAGCAGGGCUCAGAACACACUGCAGAUGGCUUCAGCUCUGGAGCUUUUUAGGAACAGAGCCGUGCGCUGGCAAACCAUCACUGUCAUCGUCACCAUGGCCUGCUACCAGCUAUGCGGCCUCAACGCUAUUUGGUAUUACACCAAUGGAAUUUUUGAAGCUGCAGGUUUCAACAAGGCCACGAUUCCUUACAUCACCCUCAGCACUGGAGGCAUCGAGACGCUGGCUGCCGUCGCAUCAGGUCUAGUUAUUGAACGUAUUGGAAGGAAACCAUUGUUGAUUUUUGGUUUUUCGGCAAUGGCUGUGUGUUUUACUCUCCUUACCAUCUUCCUGCAUUUCCAGGACAGCUUCUCAUGGAUGCCGUAUCUGAGCUUUAUCUCCAUAUUGGCUGUGAUUGCUUCAUUCUGCUCUGGCCCAGGUGGGAUUCCCUUCGUACUGACCGGUGAGUUAUUUGAACAAUCAUACCGUCCGGCCGCGUUUAUGGUUGCUGGAGUGGUCAACUGGCUCUCAAACUUCGCUGUGGGCCUCCUCUUCCCUUUCAUACAGAAUGCUCUCCAGACCUAUGCCUUCAUGGUCUUCGUGGUGGUAUGCGUCCUCGGAGCCGUCUACCUCCUCAUUGUCCUCCCAGAGACCAAAAACAAGACAUUUGUUGAGAUCAGCCAGAGCUUUUCUAAGAUUAAUAAAAUAUCCCAGAUGCCUGAUAAAGAGAUGGAGGAUGUUUUUCCUGUUAAACCAGGACAGGUGGAGAUCGGCGAUGGACUGAAAGGCCAAACUGCUUCACCAAAUGACAUUAACAGUUUCACCAAUGACAUUAACAUCAAAGACAGCAACGCAGUAGAGAUGGAGAGUUCCUUCUGAUCCUCAAAUGAAUCCCAUUUUAUUUGUUGGGGCAACUUUUGUAACAUCAGGGUUUUCUAUUUGAUUUAUUGAAAUGAUACAGUAUAACAUUUACAGCAAUGUGUAGGUAAAAUAAUUGGUCCCACUUUAUAUUAAGUGUCUCUAAUAACUGUAUAGUUACAUGUGAACAACAUAUGCAACAACAAUGUAACUACUAAUGAUUUAUUCACUGUUACAGAUGGAUUACACCUUAUGUAAUUACACAUCUGUAUCAACUUCAGUUUUGCCUAAUAUAAUUACACAAGUGUAUUUUAAUAGUUGUAACAGUCUAUUCUCUCUCAUGUAAUCACGUAAAGGUAAUAGCAUAAAUGUAAUUGUGUAAAAUCAGAUUGGAACAACAUUUUUAGUUUUUCUUUUCUCAGCAGUAAAAGGAUGCAUUUAAUAACGUAGAUUAAGGCAUUACUUACACUGCAUCUGCCAGCUUUCCUAACAUGUAGCUAGCAUUAAUGUUUCUAGUGCUUUGACACUGUAACAAGUUUCAGCUUUAAACCUCUCUGUAAUGUGACAGUACAGUAGAUGUAUCCUUAUCUUAACAUGUAACUCUUAUGACGUUAAUUAAAUGCAUUGCAUUACCCCAAAGCAGUCUAUAUUAGCACCUCAUUAUUACACAGUACCUACAUAAUAGCUACAUAAGAAGUCCACUUAUUUUUAAGUGUAUCUUUAACACUAAACUACAAGAAAGGUCCUGUGUAAAAGAUACAGAUGUGUAAUUACAUUAAGCAAAACUGAAGUUGAUACAUGUGUAAUUACACAGGUUUUACUUCUUUAACCCACCUGUAACAUUGUCUAAAUCAUCAGUAGUUACAGUGUUGUUGCUAAUGGUGUUAAUAUGUAACUACACAGUUAUUAGAGAAACUUAAUAUAAAGUGGGCUGAAAUAAUUUUAUACAUUUAUGUGUUGGGUGAGUAAAUGCCUUAUGACAGCAUUUGUCCUGUAUGUGCCAUAACUCAGUAAAGAGCCAGUACAUUUUAUAUCUGCCUUUUCUACCUUGUUGCCAAUGUGACACAAUCAAAGGGGAUUACACAACUGAACUUAAAUGCUUCGCAUGCUACUUGAAUAAAAUGUAUUUCAUGCAAAGUGAA